AUGUUAUUAGGGGCACGUUACGCUAUAAAGGCAGCAUCCAAGAAACUGCAGAGUGCUCUACUCACAUGCAAUGCCAAAUAUGUGUUCUUCAAGAUACCUGGGAAUGUUCUUCUGGUUGUCUCAUUAACCCACUUCCCUUCGGCAGAUCGACUUACCAUCGGUCUAUUCGAGUGCCACAGUCUACCUCUAAAAUCUACUGGUUCCCCCAUAAGCGUCUACGCGAAAGUGAUGGUAUGUCAGGGCAUUCAUGGGAAAAUGGUGAAGACGAAGCGAACGGAGUUGCUUGAUCAGAGGGAGAGUUUCAACGAGUCUUUCACCUUCUCCAAACUUGGCGACCCGGCAAAUAUUCACGUGCGCAUUGUGUUGACACAGCCUGGCUUCUUCGAUAAAUCUGUGGCUAUGCUAGUUCUCGGCAAUGAAAUGGUGGCCAAAGGAACGGGAAUUUCUCAUUGGUGCGCAAUGAUUGAACGUCCAGAAUUAACAAUCACUGAAUGUCACGAAAUGCAGCCCCUUUAA